UGACAGAGGACGUGCUCGUACGGUUCAAAGAAGGGUAUGAUCAACGAGUUGAUUGUUGGGAACUUUCACUCCUCUAUAUUCGAAAUAUGCCUUUCUAGGAGCAUUACGAUCUGCAGCUCAAAUGGUCUCUUAUGAAGUCUCUAUUGGUCUUAUUCUUAUUGUGCGCCUUGUGGUGAGCGCGUUUGGAUCCGCGAAGGCAAUCGCUCGGAUGUUCCCCUAACCCAACCCGGGAACGGACCGGAGGGAACCGCAGCAUGGGGAAUGUCCGCGUCUCGUCGCAAGGCUCAUUUCUCGUUUUUGGUCAUAGGGCGGGCGGAUUUAUCUGAUCAAGGGCCGGGGCACAAGGGUCCUGGUACUAUCCAGGUGCGAAGAACCCCGGAGGUGACUGCAAUGAGCAGAAAUCUCACUCACCGGCCUAAACGACGAGCAAACACUCGAACGUGAGAGCAAGGGAUCACCUAACGAAUGGACGAGCUCCAAGGAGGGAGGAGGAAGGCAAGAACCAUGCUUUCAGAGAAGUGGCGGUCCGAAUCUUAUCUGAACUGCGAUAAUAACUGACUAAGCCAUGCCAUAAGGGUCAUUCUCCAAACGGGACGGGGUCAAGCCUUUCGAUUUUUGAGUAGGUUGGGUGACAGAUCGGCCAUAGGAGUACUCCGGGAUAUAAACCAGGGCAACCAAUGUCGAGCAUACGACGAUGCCGCCCGUUUUCAUUUCGUGGAAGUCCCCGGCAGAGGAAAGGGCUGUAGGUGAUGGCGCGUUCUGCUUCUUAUCUAGAGAGGGGCGCUGAAAUCGUUCCUAUUGGGUCGUGCGUGGCAGCUGGUAUAGAUGAAGAAAGGCGGGCCGCUUGAACGGGCGGGGCGGGACCUAUUCUCUUAAUAGGCGGCAAAGCUGAAUAGGAAAGGGGCCGAGCUUACUGAUGAGUGCCUUUUUAGCCUUUCUAAAACUAAAAAAAAGGGCUCUCUCAUGUGAAGCUAACAUGGCUGGCUACAUACAAGUAUAGCCAAAUCAAGAUGAGACGUGACGGACGGUAAGAGGCCGCAGCGGGACUAUCAUAGGAAAGCCCGCCCACGCUAGCUAACAUAUAAAGAGAUUCCCGGAUCGGAUAGCAAAAGUCUCUAUGUGAAUCUCCCGACCAGGCCAGGCCGAAUCGGGCCACCACUUGGGAUGGGAAUGGCUCAGCCCAUAUGCAUCAUUUGAUGAAAGCACUCCAGUCGCUUCCUCGAAGUGGCUUGUCAACCACGCUUUCCCUCCCUCAAAACAAUGCUCCUCACCAACCUUAACGGCCGCCUUCCUUGGGUUGGGGCAAGACAGCAAUGAGUAGUUCGCUCCAGGACCCCACCCCCUCGAGAGCAGGAUGCCGGCCGAGAUGGAGCUGGGAGCCAACCUAGACUUUCCUGGGGCUUGCCUUGCCCCAACAUCUAAAUCAAAUGCGGGCGCCGAAAAGGAACCAGCCCAGCCUCUUCCAGAAAGCUUUGCUUGGUAGGCGCUGCCUAUUCACUUCACUCGGACAAUGCUCUAAACACGAAAGUGUGACGCCCCCUUCUCCCAUGCUGAGUCACAGGCAGCGCCUCGGAAAGCGCGGACGAGCCACAUGCAGGGAAACUUGCACGUGUGGUUCUGGCCGGGGACCCCGGUAUACUGUACUAAUAUGUGUAGGUCCCCGUAAUUCGAGUGAGAUUGUCAUGGCGCAAAAGCAGAUAUGGUCCGGUAUUCCCUUGUUCCCUGUAUUGGUUAUGUUCUUCAUUUCUCGUCUAGCAGAAACUAAUCGAGCUCCGUUUGAUCUCCCAGAAGCGGAAGCUGAAUCAGUUGCAGGCUAUAAUGUAGAAUAUGCGCGGGAUGCGAUCCUUAAUAGUCCACUGUUGGCGGAAGCCAAUGUCCCGGGGUCCCGGGGACUCAUUCUGACUGAAACAAGGGGUGGGUCUUUACCAACUUAAAAAUCGAAGAUUUUAGUAAGCCAAAAAACGUGAGCGCCCCUACGCGAGCCUUAUUGAUUGAAAACUCAAGUAAAUUUUUUAUUCUAUCUAUAUGUAUUCUAUUAAUGCGCUCAAGCAUGCGAAGAAAGCAACAAGCGAUAAAAGCCCUUUCUAUGUUAUUAGUAAAGAGCUUUUCUUGCUUGUUUAGUAAAGUCACGCUUUUCAUUUUGAUAGGAGUAGGUGCUUGCUGGGGCAGGGCACUCUUCAUUCUUCAUUCGAAACUAAUGAAUGUCGGGUCGGGGGUUUCUGCCUUGUUAUCCAAAAGGGAGUUGGGUAAAGCAAACUCCCUCCUUGGACGAGCACGGGGCUUAGUCAAGUAGAACCGGGUUGCGCUGCUUGAUGCUCCGAUCGAAAACAAAUCAGUGGGGCCAUGCCGGUACGACUGAAUAUGCGUUAAAAAGGUCAAUCCCUCCCCUACGACACCAACCAAAAAAAACCGGGCCGAACUUAUAACAGCCCGCCCGCUUCCAUAGAACAAUAUCGUGGCAACGUAGACCUCAGUGGUCAUAUUGGAUCUUUGGGAACCAUCACAAGUGCGGCCGGCCUAUAUUUAAACGAGAAUGCCGUGUCGUCCAGCGGAGCCUAGAAGAAGGUGACUCGCGCAGACAGCUGACUCAUAGAAAGGAAUAGCCAAACCAACCCACCCAGCUGGCUGGUCAAUCUCAGAGAUCUUAUCGGCCGGCAAACCGGAGACGGACGACCACGGUCCCGACCUUAUCAGCACCGGAGGUGUACUAAUCAAUGAACCCCCGAAACCUACUUUCUUUUCUUACAAAAGAAACCAAGCCUAACCGGUCACGACAUGUUGUUGAUAUUGAUUGAGUUUGAGGGACUUUCGCUGACUAAAUCCAUCCAUAAACCUAGACCCCGGCGACUCUCGUAACCAAAGCGUCAAGACAACAGCCAAAGGUGACCUUUGGAUUCUUAAGUAGGUAGGGGGCAAAGAGGAGCACGUAGGAAUGCCGACCACUACAUAAGCCACUGGUGGCUGAGAGAAAGCGAGCAGCACCUUGUAUAGGUUGGGCGGAGCUUGAAGAAGCGAGCCCCUAUCAGAGAAAGCCAUUGCGCGCUAGCCUAGCUAGCUAGCGUUUUUCAGCUGGCUGUUAUGUUAGUUGUAGCGCGCCUUCCCUCCUUCUCUCACUUCGGAAAGAUUUCGCAGUCUUUUCUUUGGAUGACCUGGUCGAGAGAGUACGAUACAUCGGUGUAAAAGA